UGGUUGUUGUUGGACAGACCGGCGUGGCCGCGGAACCGUCCCGGGACGAGCCCCCCCGGACCCGCUCCGGAACCAACAGUUAUAGGCCUCCGGCUGGAGCCGCUGUGAUCCUGGCUGUGUUCUGGCUGUGAUCCGGGUGUGCCUCACCGCUGACCCCGGGAGGAAAUGUCCUACUGAUCCGUGUGCACGUCCCAGGAAACUGGAGCCACUCCCAGCAGCAUGGAGCAACCCAGUGGCACGGUUGAGGAAAUGGGAGCCAAGCCGUCGCUGGCGGGGAGCGGCCGGCCCAGGUCUGGAGCGGCCCCCUCCCCCGUGCUGGAGAGGGUCCGGGCGGCGUAUGAAGGCGGGGAUGCUGAGGCCGCGGGGGAGCUGAUCCAGCAGGCCUGCUGCGGGGAGUGCAGCGCAGGAAUCCACCACCACAGAGUGCAGCUGCUGUCCCUGGCCACCCGGCACGGCGACCAGAAGAGUGUACGUUUCCUUCUGAAAGAAGCUGGCGUAGCCGUCCCCCAGGAGCCGACGAGCAGCAACCCAGCCAUCCUGGCCGCUCACCUGGGACACGCCGCCCUGGUGAAGGAGCUGCUGGACUCUCUCCCUGCUGUGUCUCUGAGGACGGAGCUGCUGAACUCCAUGCUGGCCACGUCGUGCCAGCAGGGUCACCUGGACACGGUCCGCCUGCUGGUGAACGGCUACGGAGCUGACGUGGAGGACUGUGCCAGCCAGGGCGAUGACUUCGCCGUCCUCACCGGGCUGCCGCUGUACGCUGCCGCACAAGCAGGUAACGAGGACGUGGCUAACUUCCUGCUGCAGCGCGGGGCAGGAUUCUCGUCCUACACCCUCCUGGACUUCCCCGGCUUCAGCAGACACCUGCUCAGACUCAGGCUGGAGGACACGCCUGGGGACGGUGGACAGCAGAACCUCAGCCUGUGUUGGACGGGGUUGCGGCUGCCCUGGCUGGACCUGGACUGGUUCCUUGACGUCUCGUCCCGGAUCACUCACCUGGACCUGUCGUCCAACAGCCUAGCGGCUCUCCCCUCCGUGGUUCCUUGGGGUCUCAUUCACUUGAGAACUCUGGAUCUUUCCAACAACAAUCUCAAAGAGCUGCCUUUCGCUGAAAACUCCCAGGACGUCAUCUGCUCCAGCUUACAACAGGCCAAUCUGUCUCAGAACCAGCUGAAAAGCUUGCCAACCGGACUCCUCCACCUGACCCACAUGCAGAAACUCUUCGCCUCCAAGAACCAGCUGGCAGUUCUGUUCGACGUGUCCACCACGGUGAACUGGAUCGGCCUUCGUAAGCUGGAGGAGCUGGACGUGUCGGAUAACUGCCUGGCCAGUCUGCCCACGGCCGUGGUGCACUGCCUGAAGUCCCUGUGCAGCCUGGACGUGAGCAGGAACAGGCUGAGCUGCUUCCCUGAGCCCUGGGCCUGUCCACUGAAGCAGUGCAAGGCUCCUUCCAAUGUAAUCGAAGCUCUUCCAAGCAGCAUCUCAGUUUCGUGGAGGAGCCGGCUGCAGGAGGUGGACUUCUCUGACAACUGCUUGAAGGAGAUUCCCUCAUACAUCUUUGAACUGGAGAAAGAAGAAGCCAAGAAGCCACCACAGGCUAUCUCAACUGUUGACUCCUCCGGCCCCAUAUUGGCCGCCAUUGCUAACCAGAGCACCGAGCUCGCCAAGGUUUGCACGCUUGUGGACGACCUAAAGAAGUCGUUGGAGGGGCGCCUUGACUCCAUUGAAACAUGCUUAUCCUCCCUCCAAAAAGAACACCGCGACGACAUGGCUCUGUCGACCACCGACGGCCGCGUCUCAGCACUGGAGGCGACAUGCAAAGAGCUAAUGGAGGCCAACGGGCGCCUCAAAGCAAAAGUGAAUGACUUGGAGGGUCGCUCCCGCAGGCUUAAUGUCAGGAUCGUGGGCAUUAAAGAGGGAGAAGAAAACGGUCGCCCAACUUAG